CACCAUACCGCAGGCAGUGCAGAGUAGUGGACUAGUCCGCGGGCUCUGAAGAGAAAGAAAUGGUCAGACUAGGGGCCUGGGGCAGGGCUAGCAGGCAGUCAGUGACUCAGUGAGCGACUGAGUGGCCAUACACUGACACUCGUGGCCGUCGUCGCCUCAUACCUGCUCCUCUUUAGGCUGCGGUUUCGCGCUUCUGCACUCCAGAUAAAUGCAAGGAGGUCGGAACUUUGCAGGUCUCAGAGUCAAAGAGCUUGAGGCCUGAUACGACAAGGCGUUGGUUCCUUUCGGUGCCCUUUGAGGAAGAAAACUGAUCACCAUUUUCAAGAAUGACGAGUUAGGGAAGACGCGGCUGUCGGAGCAUUAAGACAAUAGCGUCAAGGACUUCAUCGAUGAUAAUACCCAUCAUUUUCCCUCAGAACAUCUGCAGAGUCCAAGAAACUGAAGAAAGGAAACAUGGCAUUACUCAGCGAUGGCCGGACCUCACUUCGGCUGGAGUCUGUCACCCUUCUCGUUCUCCUCGUUGGGGAGAUUAGCAGAGCUGCCGGAGAACAAUGCCCUUGCGAGACUUUCAAUGAACGGCAUAAUGAUUACGCAUCCGAUAACGUUUAUGCAGGAAUGGUUAGAAUUAUCAAUUGCUGCGUUUUUGGAGUUCUUGGGUUUGAUGACCCUAAUGCUACAAUUCAAUGGACAAUUAAUGGCAAACCUCUAGAAGCGAACGGUGCACGGAAGGAGCUGAUCUGUGAAAACCAGACGUUGUUCAACAAAGGAGCCAAGAUGUCAGACCAAGGGAAUUAUACCUGCAUAGUCACAUCCUCUAAUGGGACAGUGCGAUCCCUUACUACCUUCUUGGAAGUCCAUGCUAGUAACGGUUUUCAAGAGGGCCCGAAGGAUGUCAAGGCCCGUAGCGAAGUGUGCUCUUGGAAAGGUGGCUCUGUCAACCUCACCUGCGAAGGAAUGGUGGGGAAGCCUGAGGGCGACAGUGACAGUGAAGCAUCCAUCGAAUGGUUUAAGCUUGUUGAUGGAGAACUUGACUAUCUGCCCGACGCCGUCAACCCCACAGCCCCCACCGUCGCUAGCGAUGGCACCAUUAAGAGUACCAUAGUCUUCAACUCCGUUGAAAGCGACAACUUUGGAAUUUAUGUGUGCAAUGUAAAGAACAUGUAUAGCGCCAUCGUUAGAAAUAUUAGCUUCAUCGAAGGAGACCCGCAGUAUUGCGGCACAGUGAACGCUUCCAAAAUGUCUGUCUUAGUCCUUGCGCCUAUCGCCUUCAUCAUUCUGGCAAUUCCUUACCUCGGGUGGCGAUUCAGGACAACUGUGAAGCUUAUGUACAAGGAGAGAAGGCACAAGAAAUACACUAGGGAUGGCUUCCUGCGCGACGUGUUCAUUGUGCAUGGAAACAAAGCCUCUUCUUGGGUCUUCAGCGAACUUGUCCACACUCUGGAGGAAAAGUACGGAUAUUCUUGUUACGUUCCCGUUCGGGACAUGCUGGGAGGAGACCAAUACGCAGAGGCAAUCUCCAAAGAAAUGAGGAAGUGCAGGAGAGUGUUGGUGGUGGUGACGCCCUGUCUCCUCCAGAGUCAGUGGGCAUCUUGGUCUGCCACCCACGGUAUCGGCACUUGCUUCAAGUCCUCGAGUAUACUUAGGCUGGUGUUACAGGACUUUGGAAAUGACGCCUUAUCAUCAGAAACCGCGGUUUUCUUGAAAACCCUCAAACCAAUCGCAAUGCUGAAGGUCCCCAAAGCCUGCAGGCUGCAAGAAAAAGAUAUCCCAGCCAUGGAUGAGGACGAAGAACCUCGAAAGAACCUCGGUAAUGGCUUCUUCGGAGAUCAUCUCGGAGAGAACACCUCGGUGCUGAUGACUGAAAGCUCACUCUCUCCGUCUCCUAAGCAUCAGCGAUUGAGCAACAUGAUCACAGGGAGCAAUAACACAUCCAGGGAGACAUUGAACGAAGGACACGAUUGCCGAAAGGAGGAGCAAAAGAAAGUGGUAGUACCUCCUGUCAUCUACUUGGAGGACAUCGACUGUGCAAAGGAGCCCGGUUCCCCUUGUUCUGUCACACCUUUCAUACUACCAACAUGCAAAAACAGGGAGCAAGACUCACCGCCUUGUUUCCCGUUCCUGAACUGCAUGAGAGCUGUUUUUAUUGGAGAUCCGGAAACAGUGUUCUGGCAAAAGGUUCGCCUCUUCCUAGAUCCUCCUACGGUGCGAAGAAAAAUUACGUUGGAAUCGAUGGCUUGAGAUGUCUUUCUUUCAGCGAUGAAAGGUGUUGGUUUUCGGACUAAAUAGAGAAAACUUUAUGUAAUAUAUACCAUGUGUUCAUUGCUUGUACAAGUAACUUUGUUUGCUGGAAAGUACCACGUCAACAAUGAAGACUUGUGUUACCUCACUGCACGGCAAAAACAAGACAACAAGAUUUUAUCAGGAGUAACUUAAUGAAGAUUCUUACACUUGCUUCCUUGUUAGUAUUCGUCUGCAGACUGGGAUAAGUGCAAUAUUAUAUCAGAUGAGUGACUAAAGGAACACUUCAGAGGUUUCAAAUCGUUAUUUAGGACUGUUAAGCCCGCCACCAACGUUCAGUUAUGCCUGCGCAGUUAUAACUGCACAGUCGGCCUGUGCAGUUAUACCUGAACGUUAAUGGGGACAACCUGCACAGGUUUUCUCGCCUGGGCAGGUGGCCUGAGUAAAUACCUCUUCUCAAUCGAUGAGCCUCCGGCCAAGCACCUGAACAUCCGCACUCCUACGUUAAUGUGGUGGAGGCACGGUCUAGAUACAUCUAUCUGGACCGUGGGUGGAGGUAACGUUUUUGGCUCGGCGGACAGAUAGCACGUCGUACCAAUUAAGAAUAUUCAUUUGGGUUUCAUUAAUUGAAAAGUGUUUACACCUAAAGUGAUGAUAUAUUAGAUCUACUUGUUAUAAUUGACGGAUGUCAGAAUAAUAUAUAUUUAUAAUUUGUCCAUUUUUCCACAGGAAAAAUAAUUGUGUAUAAUGAAGGCUGAAAGUGGCGACAUCAUUCCUGAAUGUCUUGUAGAUUUCAUUGAAAUCUAUAUGAAUGAGACUUUGCUUUGGCAAGUAAAGUCCAAAGGAUAUCGUAACAGAUUACGCCUAUGUACGUUUUAUUCGUGGUUAUAAACCAUAUAAUUAUGCAAGUCAGUUUUUUCAAUUAGAAUAGAUAUUUAUUAUGGCAAAGUAAUGUAAAACAAGAAUGGGUCUGUGCGUCUAUUCAUGAUGAUGCAUCAUGUAUGUAAUUCAUUUUUAAAAUGAGAACAAAAUAAUAUUCUGUUUUCUGAUUAAACAAAAACAAACAAUACUGGACUAAUGUAUGUUUAUUCAUUGCAUACAUACCACGUAAGUUCGUUUGGAAAUGAAAUUAGGCAAUCAACACAUAAUGAAACAAAGGAAGACAGUAUAGUAAACUAUGGAUUUUCAUUCGUUGUAAUAUAAAAAAAAGUCAUCUUGAAAUGAAAACAAAUCAGUAUUAACCCCUUUUAAUGAAAUUGAAAAACAUUAGGCCUAUAUGUGUCAACUUUGAAUGAAAGCAAACGAUUACGAACUCAAUUAUCUUUCCGUGGAACUCUUCCUUCAUUCAUAAAAUAUUCAAUAAACAUUAUGAAAAUCCUUGGGAUCAAAUUUAAACUCUUAACAAAUUUAUUUCGUUUUCAUCAACCAGUCUUUCACAGUCCGACUGUGCUGGCAUAAGUUAUGCCGCAUAAUUGAACGUCAGUGGCAGUCUUUUGGCACAAACUCGCCGAACCGGUGUGCAGUGUUGUUCACCGAAAGGAUAUUUUAGGAAUAAAUGUUGUACUUAUGACCUCAGAAUUAUGUUGACGCUACACAGAAUUCGAAAGUGAACUGAUACAGGUUGAAUUAUGCCUUAAUAUUUUGAUGAUAUACUCGUACUAGAUUCAUGGGAAUGUAGUGUUGAAAUAAUUCUCUGAUACGAGGUUCAAAGUGCAGGGUGACCUCCUAUUUGAAUAAGGAUUCUCUUUAUUGUAAUAUCAAAUAAACUUUUCUUUAUACGUAUAUCUUUAUUUCGAAUUUAUGUUCUACGCAUAAAUAAAAUCUUUUAUAUCUUUA